AUUCCUCACCUAGUGGCUAAGAGCCCAGUACAAACUCUGACAGCAUUGGCACUUGGGUGUUAAGCUGUGAGUUAGACAAGUUUCUCCGCCCGGAGGGAUGAUGGGAUAGUUUUUGGGGGGAAUCACAAUUUUCCUGUGGUUUUCUCUGAGCUAAGAGGAAGAAGAGAUCCAGAAGAAAGAAAUUACUUGCCCACUGAGGAGGAAUUUCUGUUGGUCUCCAAGGGCCAGUGAACACUAGGGAGGGGAGAAGGAGAUGAAGAGAGCCGAAGGCACCUCCCGGUACAUGGAAGGGUAUUUGGCUACCCUAGAUCUGAAUGCAUACACCUCUUCUCAACUCCAUGGGGCUGACAACUGGUAAGGAAUCCUGCUGAGCUGGGCUUGUAAAGGAUUGGGACAACCUAAUGAGCUGUAUUGUUUGGUGUGAAAAAUAGACUCUCCCUGAAUGUUUUGGUGUCAGGUCAGCCAAGGUCUCUUCUCACUCCUUCCUUCCCCAGCUGUCCUCACACUGAGUCUACAAGAGUACCACACACCAAGGGGAAAUGCAUCUUUGGAAGUGCAUGCUGAAGGGCCAGUGAUGGCAGGGGUGGGAGAGGAAGCUCAGUGUGGUAAUUUCUCAGAUGAUGGUACUAACCUAGAAGAGGAUAGCCCACUUACUGGGCUCUUGGGCACCAUUCUGACAAUCAUGUGCCUUUUUGGGAUAACAGGGAAUGUCUACACACUAGUGGUGAUAUCCAGAGGUGUGUCUGGCCGCUCAGCUGGUUCCCUGUGUGUCUAUGUGGUCAACCUGGCCCUGGCUGACCUGCUCUACCUCUCCACCAUCCCCUUCGUGGUAUGCACAUACUUUGCCCAGGACUGGUUCUUUGGGGAUGUGGGCUGCAGACUCUUGCUCAGCCUGGACCUCUUCACCAUGCAUGCCAGCAUCUUCCUGCUGACAGCCAUGAGCCUGGAGAGGUACUGGGCAGUGACCAGGCCACUGAGGGCCAGGCAGGCUGGGAACAGCUGCUGCAAACUCACCAGCCUGGCCCUCUGGCUCCUCUCGCUGCUGCUGACUGUGCCUAUGAUGGUCAUGAUCCAACUGCGGGACAGCAGCAGCCACAACAAGCGGAUCUGCUUCCCCACCUGGACGCCUGAGGCCUUCCGCAUUUAUUUCACGGUGCUCUUCACCACCAGCAUUCUAGCUCCUGGCUUGAUCCUAGGCUUCCUGUACUGUCGCCUUGCCAGAGCCUACUGGACUUCAGUGGCAGCCAUGCAGCCGUGGGUGGCAGGCCUGGCCUUGAAACAGAAGCUGUUCUCCAGGAUCUUCAGCAUCAUCGCAGCCUACUGGGCCUGCUUUGUACCCUUCUGGGCCUGGCAGCUCGCUAAACUGUACUGGAGUGAGGGCCUGGGGCUCAGACCUACCACCCAGGCAUACCUCAACUUUGGAGUGACCUGCCUGACCUAUGGCAACAGCUGCAUCAACCCGUUCCUCUACACUCUGCUCACCCGGAACUACCGCGAGCACCUGGCCCAUAGCAGGGAGAGGAAGGCAGGGGAGCAGGUCCUCGUCCUGAUGGAGAAGCAGGGUAGGGUCCAAGCAGAAGGCAUGCCCAUGACCUCCAAGGCACUACUAGGCAGGGGGCUUGGGAAAGGAAGGCAGGGAGGAACCUCUGGCAAUUAA